AUGCUUGGAUGCUGCCUCCUCUCACUAUUUGGAUUUGUGGCAUUUUCAGCCGCACUCCGUUAUGGGUAUUACGGGGAUUCUCAUAUCCUGCUUGGCCCUGCCUCAUCCCGUUUGAUUAGGACCAGUUCUGUUUUUGUGAAGCAGCUUCAAGUGUCAAGCAAGGACAAAAAUCAAGUCUUUCUUCACGCCUUCAAUGAGAAGCCCGAAUUAAGUUCCUACACUAAUUGGAACGUGUCGGAUUUCUUCCUUGUUGAAGCGUAUAAAAGCAAGGGCUCCACCAUCCGUAUUAGGUGGAAAGCACAUACUACUAGUAGUUUGGAUCAGCUACAUGGGAUGGUGGCCAAAGGAGACAUGAAGUUUGAACUACUACAGACUCAAAAAACGAGCUUCCUCAAUGCAAUUUCUCUUCAAGAGAUUGUUACUGGUAAAGAAGCUGAAUACCUGGUUGAGGAAGAUGAUAGAUACCACAUUGGGGUUCUAAACAUGAAUGCCAGGAACAUAAUCUUGACUAUGGAAGUUAAUAUUUCAGCAAAGGUAUAUGAUACCACCAAAGCCAAGAAGAUGUGUUCCACUGCAAAAGGAUCUUUCCUUGGAGUCUAUGAAGGUGAGGAGCAGCAUAAUCAUGUGAUAGUCGACGUCACAUACAGAACAAGUAAUGUAGUUGCAACACAGACCGAAACUGAGCCCUUGAUGGGAGUGGAGGAUAAUCAAAUAUCAUAUGGAACAAAUGCAAAAGAUGAGGAAGAAGAUUCAGGAGCAUUUACAAUCAGAGAAACAAUUGUUUUGGUAAAGUGUGGAAAAUGGUUUGACAAAAGGGUCUUGCACGAAGACUCCACUGUGUGUGGCUUCAAAUGGUAUGCAUGCCAAUUUUUCACUCCACUGCUUCUUUCACCUUCCAAGGACUCCAACAUGAUUCUGAGUGGAGGACAAAUUGGUGAAGAUUUUAUGAACUUGGAAGUGAACAAAAGCAAGUGGAACAUCAGAGAAUCAGAAAAGGGAGCCGGUGAAAGUUGUGGUAACAACAGCGCACAUGACAAGAAAAAGAAUGAUGCUGGAAUAAAUAAUCUAACGGCCACAGUAGCAGAUGAUGCAAAGUUUCUCUUAAAUGACGAGAAUAACCCUGGGUUUUUGACGUGUCGCUACGCUGUUAGGUUAAAUCGAGCGAUUGCAUCUAGCAGCGGAGUAGAGAGUAACUAG